AUGCCAAUUCCCACCUACGACCAGACCAAAUCCUCCAACGAAACCCGCCCAUCCGGCUCCGCAGGUUACGCCUCCCUCGAAGCCCUCUCGGGCAUGGAAAACAACAGCAGCGGUCGCCUGGUGGGCACUGGCUCCGGCGGCGUGGUGACGGCCCCGGGAUACAUUGCGGCUGAGAACUCGGAUCUUUUGGAGAAUGCGGGGAGUGAUCGGGCCUUGAGUAAGGAAGAGGCGGAUCAGUUGUAUGAGGAGAGGAUGGAGGAGGAGUAUGCGAAGAGGGAGGGGGGUGCUUGA